CACAAUUUUGCUUCCAAGUUUUUUUUUUUUCGUCAAUCCAUUAAACAAAUCUUUUAAUGCAGUGCUAGCAAUAAUCCUUUGCUCAAAUAGUCUAUCUAUCUGCCUCUUAUCUAGGUUAACUCUCCUCUACGUAUUCAGAGAGAACGAUAAGAUAGAGAAAUUGGUAUGAAAGUAAUUUGAUGUGCAUUAUAUGUAUUCUCCAACUCUCAAUCGUAGUAACGAUGAAUCUCCAUCGAAAAUUCAAAGUAUAAAUAUAUUAGAAAACUCGAGAAUAAAAGGCAAACGAACAAAUUAAAGAUUAGAAAACACGAAGAUAAUGACAAAGAGAAGGGUCAGAGAAUAAUAGUAUCAUAAAAAUUAUAAAUUUACUCAACUAAUUGCUAAGCAAGUGUCCUAUAAUUAUACAAAUAUCAUAUGAACAAGCCUGCAUAAAUUUUGGUUGCAUCAAAGCAGCCAAGAAGUUGAGGUUUUAAAAAUAUUUUGAUGCAAAAGAACCCCAUCCAUCAAAUCCUUUCAAAUUAAAUGAAAAUCCCUCAAACAAUAACAAGUUAGAACUAAAAUGGUCAACUCAGGAAUCCCCACAGCCGAUCUCUCUCCAUUUUUCACAGAAGAAGGAGAUGAAGGUGGAAAGAAGAAGGCAAUUGAGAUAAUUGGAAAAGCUUGCUCCGACUUGGGUUUUUUUCAGGUGGUGAACCAUGGCGUUCCCGUUGAGCUUAUGGCGAAAGCACUUGGGGGAUCGAAGGAGUUUUUUGGAUACCCUUCGGAUCGUAAGCUUGAGGCCAGCCCUCAGCCCGGCGCUCCUCUGCCGGCCGGCUAUGGCCGCCAGCCCCCCCAUUCUCCUGAUAAAAAUGAAUUCUUUCUCAUGUUUCCUCCUGAUUCAACCUUCAAUGUCUUCCCCUCCAAUCCUCAAGGCUUCAGCUGCGUCCUGAAGGAGUUGUUCUCAAGCUUUGUGAACACAGCUUCAAUUGUAGAAAGCAUCAUAAACGAUUGCUUAGGCCUUCCGCCAAAUUUCCUUGGUGAAUACAACAACGACAGGAAGUGGGAUUUAAUGUCGACAUUCAGAUACCCUUGUGCAAGCGAGGUUGAAAAUAUUGGUGUUAGGGAACAUAAGGAUGUGAAUUGCAUCACCUUUGUGUUCCAAGAUGAAGUUGGAGGCCUUGAGCUAAAAGCCGACGUCGAUCAAUGGAUUCCAAUAACUCCCGACCGAACCACGCUCAUCGUCAACGUCGGAGAUGUCGUUCAGGUAUUGAGCAACGAUAGGUAUAAGAGCGCGGGCCACAGGGUGGUGAGGCAGGCAGGGAGAGAGCGUCACUCUUUUGCAUUUUUCUACAACAUUGGAGGAGAUAAGUGGGUGGAGCCAUUGCCACAUUUCAGUACGGACAUUGAUGAGCCACCAAAAUACAGAGGCUUCCUCUACCAGGACUACCUUCAAUUAAGAUUGAGAAACAAAACCCAUCCUCCUUCUAGGCCUCAAGAUAUCAUCAACAUUUCUUAUUAUUCUACUUCCACUUAGCUUCUUCCUACCAUAUCAAUGUUCUUUUCAUUACUACGUCUCGUUAUCUUAUCUCUCGCUCUUUAUGAGUGUUGUUGGUUAGUUUUCUUGUCAGUUGUUAACAUAAACACAGAUCAUGUGUUCAAAUGCAAUGAAAUAGAAGAAAAAAAUUACAUUGAAGAUGAUUGUAAAA